GGUUGCGUAAUAUGCCGUGAAUCAGAGUGAUGAACUCACGCUCUCUUGUGUCAUAGUUAUCAGCAUAAGGAUUGUGCAUUUACCUGUGUUCAAGCGAUUCUAUCUGAAUAAAACAAUCAAUGAGAAAUUGUUGCCAGUAAAAUCGUUUUGUAGUCUUGUGUAAACUUCACGAUGGUGGAUGUAAAUAGUAUCGCUCUGUCAACAGAAAAUCUUCACAUAACGUCAGAUAAACAGCUUCAUAAGCACCAGUGCUCUUCUGAUGUUGACAGUUAUCUUGUAGGUGAUGAAUUUUCAAAAUCAUGGGAUUUAAAUAAAUUGAAUCUUCCUCCUAAACCAUCAGCAUCAAUCGGAUACAAAGUUGUCAAUGAAGAAGGUUCUUCUCUUUCACUUGAUCAAGUGUAUGCCAAUGGUCCCCUUUCAUGCAGUGAUACAAUACCUGCACAUUUUAAACAUUUAAAGUGUCUAACGAAAGGUAAUUCAAAAACUGUUUACCAAGCGACUUUUAGCGUGAAAACUGAAACUGGAUUAAAUUUUCGUCCCGGUGAUAGCAUCUCAAUAUUUCCUGAAAAUAAUUCUCAAACUGUGUCAUGGUUGUUAGGUCGCCUAACCCUAGAUAAUCUACAGGAUGCGGAUACACCUUUCAUCCUUGAAUCAGUGUCUACGCAAGCGCGAAAUGUCCCCACUUGGUUAAUUCCUGGUCGGUCAACUUCACUACGGUUCUUGUUAACAUACUGCUGUGAACUGUACAUACCAAUAACUCGUCGAAUCUUGAGACUGCUAGCAGAUCACUGUAUUGAUGAUAGCACCAAUUCUAUCAGCGCUGAGAGACAACGUAACCGGUUGCUGGAAUUCUGCAGUCAGGAAGGGAAGAAAAUGUUUGAAAUGUACAUUCAAAAGCCGGAACUUAAUCUUUUGGAUAUUCUGUAUAUAUUUUCAUCUUGCCGGUUGCCUUUCAUACGACUGUUAGAAAUCCUACCACGCCUACAACCACGUUCAUAUACACUUAUCAAUCUAGUUGAUGAACCAUUAUCUCAAGAACAAGAUCUCAUCUUUAUUUUUACUCGAGUUGACUUUCUUGAAAAUAUGGUUGUUAAUAGUAAUAGUCAUGAUAAUGCUUCAAGUAUUAUUUGUCGUUACCCUCAUAGAUAUCAUGGAACUUGUACUGGUUGGUUAGAAAGGAUAUGGUUUGGUAUUAAUCAACCUGAUGAUUAUUUCAAAAAUACUUUUGUUAACUUAAAAACUCCAACUAUUCACGUUUACUUGCGUCAAAAUCUUACACAAUUUAAUUUACCAGCUGAUAUCAAUCAACCAAUUAUUAUGAUUGGUGCUGGAAGUGGGAUAGCACCAUUUAUCAGCUUUAUAAGGCAACGUAAACGUGAUUACCUUAAAACUCAAGCAUCAGCUGGUAAUUUGUGGCUUAUUUAUGGAUGCCGUUCUCCAACGUCUAGUCUUUUAUUUAAAGAGGAAUUAUCUGAUGCAUUAAAUACUAAAGUGUUAAGUCAUCUUUGUCUUUGUUUCUCAAGGGCUGCUAUAAAUUCACCAAAUGAUAAAUAUACACUUGAUGAAAUAUCAACAGAAUUAGUUGAACAGGCAUGUUUCCCAAUUAAAUCACAUUAUGUUCAAGAAUGCAUUUUUCAUGAAUAUUCUAUUGAUAAUAAACCUUCAGAACAUGAUAUUCAAUUAAUGAAUUUUGUCUAUGAGAAAAAUGCAAAAAUAAUGAUUUGUGGUGAAGCAUAUGGUUUAGCUACUGGAGUCUUUCAAUCAUGGAUAAAAUUAAUUGCAAUGAGAAUUCAGUAUACACAAACAAAGAUAUGGUGUACUUAUUCUGAACUGUCUGUUGAAGAAUUGAAACAUGCUGAAGAAUACUUACAACAAAUGCGUAAAUCUAAAUAUUAUCAAGAAGAUAUUUGGCGAUGAAUCAAUCAAUGCUGUUUUUUUUUCGUCACAGAGUCUUUCACCAUACAACCAAAAUACAUAAUUAUUCUUCCUAAAAAUAGUUUCAACUAUGCAAGUUGUUAAGUUCACAGUGUUAACUAUGUUUAUAUUCACCCACAUUAUUUGAUGUGUCCAUAUCGUCGUCAUCAUCAUCAUAAAUCAUUUAUAUACUUUUUUUCUUGGAAUUUUUACCGUUAGAAGUUCCAGCCAAGACGACAGUGAGAUAUGCUAGACGAAUGGAGCUAAAAGAUAAUGACGUUGUACUGUGAGUUUGCAUAGUGUACUAAGAAGACGGAGGUCAUGUGAGAAAUGUAAUUUAUUCAUGCAGUACAUUUCGAACAGCCUGAUCACACCUUAACUUGUCAAGACAUUUUAUAUGAAGGAUGAAAAUGGGAUGGAGUGAGAUAAAUGAAUUAAGAUAAUACAAGAUUUGGAAAAUAUAAGAAUAAUAAAGAGGAAUAAUACAUUUUCACACCUCCCUUGGCUUUAAAAUGAGAUAAAGAUUACCAAGGUAGGUUUAAGGUAAGGACAAACUGCUUUUGUAUACACAAAUGGGCUUUGAACUUUCGUAUAACUAAGGCCUCAAUGAACCUAAGUAUACGGUCUUGACGGCUCCUAUAGAAUGGUCUAAAGGCUGUUUUCGGGUCAAUCCUGUGACAUGUUUCUAUAAUGUGUUUACCUGUGGACUAUGAUGCCUGUCUGCCCCCUUUAUUUACCGGAUUAUUUGAAUGUAAUUACUUUUCUAGCCAUUUAGGGAUAUGCUCUACGAUCCUCGACUUCAUAGUUCGAUUACUCCUCCCAAUGUAUUCUCAUCACACACACAGGUAAGUUGGUAUACACAGAGGGAUGUGACGCAAUCAUUUAUGAAGUGAUGAGGUUUAUUUUGAAGCAUAGAUUUCGUUUUCUCUAUAAUAUUGAGCUUGGCUGCGUAGUAUGUCUUCUCAAUAACUGAAUUAAGACUUUAUCUUAAGAUCAUGCUGUUUGGUUCCCUCUUAUAUGACGACCUGCUUGAACCGUGGGCCACCAAAUUUAUCCAUGGAAUAUUUCUCAUCAAAUUCUUUCCUUUCAAUUUGUUUUAAUCACUUAAAUAUGUCCUUUGAACCCAUCAUGCUCUCUUGCACAUUUUUAAACUGUUUCCAACUCUGUUUCUUGAGUCAAUAACAAAGCAGAGAAAAAGUGUUACGUUAUGUGGAAAUGGACUUUUCAGUGCAAAAAAGUACAUCAUAAUUCUAUCCGUCAGAUGCUUUGCUUGAGUUGCAGAUUUUUGUACUGUCUGAAUAAACCGCCACCACCAAAAUUGAUUCUUCAUUAUUGACCAAAUUCUCAUCCAGAACCAGCUGACUAUCACACAUUAUUGCCUUGAAUACUGUUAUUAUUAACAUCAUUCCGAUGUAAUAACCGUUUCGUCUGAAAGUAUUGUUCUGGAUUUGUUGAGAAAUUACAUGCUGAGAAUUCCA